ACAGCCGAGUGAGUCCUGUCAAAUGCCGGGGGAGGGAAAAACCAGGAAGCCGUUUUGUAAUUUCACUUUCACUUUUGAGCUCGCGCCUAGCAGGGUUAGCUAACAGCAGGUUCGUGCAAGCAAGCAAACAGCCCUUCGCUCAACAAAUACAUAAAACAAAACAAGCCAAAAGCAAGAACAGACUGCCAUGGCCUUUCAGUACCCUGCCGCUAGACGCGAUGAGGACAAGGUGGAUGACUACCAUGGGGUUAAAGUGCCCGACCCUUACGUCUGGCUGGAGGACCCUGACAGUGAGGAGACCAAGGCCUUUGUGGAGGCGCAGAAUAAGCUGACGAUGCCGUUUCUGGAGCAGUGUGCCGUGCGGUCGCAGUUCCACUGCCGGCUCACCGAGCUGUACGACUACCCCAAAUACAGCUGCCCUUACAAGAGGGGCAACAGGUACUUCUACUUCCACAACACGGGUCUGCAGAACCAGAGUGUGCUGUACGUUCAGGACUCCCUGGACGCUAAAGCCUCCGUGUUCUUCGACCCAAACACCCUGUCUGAAGACGGCACCGUGGCCUUACAGAUGGGGCGCUUGUCUGAGGAGUGUGAGUACUUUGCGUAUGGCCUGAGCUCCAGCGGUUCGGACUGGGUGACGGUGCGCUUCCUGAAGGCGGACGACCUGAGCCCGCUGCCCGACGUGCUGGAGAGGGUCAAGUUCAGCUGUCUGGCCUGGACGCAUGAUGCCAAGGGCGUCUUCUACAACUGCUACCCACCACAGGAUGGGAAGGCCGACGGCACGGAGACAACCUCAAACCUCAACCAGAAGCUUUACUACCAUGUGAUCGGCACCAACCAAUCAGAGGACAUCCUGGUGGCAGAGUUUCCGGACCACCCCAAAUGGCACAGUGGUGUGACGGUUUCUGAUGAUGGCCGCUAUGCUGUGCUGUCCAUCACUGAGGGUUGUGAGCCAGUCAACCGGCUGUGGUACUGUGACCUUCAGCAGCUGCCCAAUGGCAUCACAGGACUGCUUCCCUGGGUGAAGCUGGUGGAUAACUUCGAGGCGCAGUACUCCUACGUCACCAACGAGGGCACCGUCUUCACCUUCCGCACCAACCUGCAGGCGCCACGCUACCGCCUCAUCAACAUCGACCUGGCCAAGCCCGACCCGGCCCAGUGGACCAGCCUGCUCCCCGAACACCCCAAAGAUGUCCUGGGCAUGGUGUCUUGUGUGAACCAGCGCCAUCUGCUGGUGAACUACGUGCAUGACGUGAAGGAUGUGCUCCAGCUGAGGGAGCUUGCGUCGGGGGAGCUGAUCCGGGACCUGCCCCUGGACGUGGGCACCGUGACGGGGCUCAGCUGCAAGAAGAAGCACCCAGACUUCUUCUACAAGUUCACCUCCUUCACCACGCCAGGCAUCAUCUACCACUGUGACCUGAGCCAGAGUCCCCCAGAGCCGCGUGUCUUCAGGGAGGUGGAGGUGAAGGGCAUCAAGCAGGAGGACUACCAGACCAGCCAGGUAUUUUAUCCAAGCAAAGACGGCACCAAGAUCCCCAUGUUCCUGGUGCAUGCCCGUGGCAUCCAGAAGGAUGGCUCUCACCCCGUCUUCCUCUACGGCUAUGGAGGCUUCGACCACUCCAUCCAGCCCCACUACAAUUCAGCCUACCUGCUGUUCGUUAGACACCUGGGCGGUAUUCUGGCUGUAGCCAACAUCCGUGGAGGAGGAGAGUAUGGACAGACCUGGCACAAAGGUGGGACUCUGGGGAACAAGCAGAACUGUUUUGAUGAUUUCCAGUGUGCUGCCGAGUACCUGAUUCAGGAAGGCUACACCACAGCCAGCCGCAUCGCUAUCAAUGGGGCCUCCAAUGGGGGACUACUAGUAGCGGCGUGUGUAAACCAGCGUCCGGAGCUGUUUGGCUGUGCGGUGGCGGAGGUGGGCGUUAUGGACAUGCUGAAGUUUCACAAGUUCACCAUCGGACACGCCUGGACCACCGACUACGGCUGUGCGGACAAACCUGAUGAGUUCCAGUGGCUUAUGAAGUACUCCCCUCUCCACAAUCUUCCCCCAGCCCCGGGACCAGACGUGCGGCCGUACCCAGCCGUCCUACUCCUGACGGCGGAUCACGACGACCGCGUGGUGCCCCUGCACACCCUGAAGUACGCCGCCACCCUGCAGCACGGGGUGGGCCGCAGCCCCGGCCAGAAGCAGCCCCUCAUGGUGCGCGUGGACACCCGCAGCGGGCACGGCGCGGGCAAGCCCACCACCAAGGCCAUCCAGGAGGACGCUGACAUAUACGCCUUCGUGGCACAGGUGCUGGGCAUCCAGUGGAAGGACUAGCACAGGUGCUGGGCAUCACGUGGAGGGACUAGGGAGAUUUUCAAGAUUGUAACAGUGAAACAUAUGUAUUACGUUCAUUAUGUCUAACUGUUUAACUCAACACUUUAGAUUUUCUUUUGCCUUAAGACAUGUAAAAGUUUUAUCUUUUACCUGACAUGUUUCGAAGGUAUUACUUCCGUCUUCAUCAGAGGGUCACUGGUAUGUUGAUGUGUGACGUGCUUUAAAAUCAGCUGAUGUUUUACAUGUCUUAAGGCAAAAGAAAAUCUGAAGUGUUGUAACAGUGAAACUUCAUUACUCGUCAUUCACACUGCCAUCGACCGUUGAACGGAUCUUAUACAUGAAAUGUGGAUGUGAAAUGCAUUGUGGGGUUUGUCUGUCGGCUCCAUUGACGUGGCUUUAAAACAUCCAAAUUUUGACAGUAGCAGGCGGCUGACGCUUCAACCAAUCAGACUGCGUAUGAAUGAAAAGACAACCCGUCGGCAGUCAGUGCCCAUGUGAAUGAAGAGUAAAAAUGUAACUUGAUUGGGAGAUUAGAUAGAAACCUUAACAAUGUCAUUACACAUGUAUAAACACAUGUAAAUGGGAUAAUGAAUAUCAUACUGAAUCUACACGCACUGUACAAAGGGAUAUCCAGUCACACUUUAUUUUACCGGUUUCUUUUCUCAGGGUAUCUCUGUGAUCAACACGUCACUGAUUCUUGAAAGCCACAUUAUUAAAUUCAUCUACUGUAAUAUGACUAUAUGGAAGUUUAAAAUGAAGUGUAGGGGACGUUAAAAUGAAGUGCAAUUGGGUGUCCAUACAAAGGGACUAAGAUGCUGUUUCCACGUAGCAGGAUAUUUUUUUUAGCAGGAUAUUUGUUUCUCCUGUUUAGGUGUAAACGCAACAUGUGGAUAAAAAUAAAUACUCCAUUGUAACAAAUGCGUUUCACCCCCCUAAAUAGGAUAUUUUUAAAGCCUGCUUUUUUAUAUCUGGAUUUUAAACAUCUGCUACGUGGAAAAAGAAGGCUAAAACCGAUGUAACCAGGAGAAAAAAAAAUAUCCACAUAUAAAAAUAUCCUGCUACGUGGAAACAGCUCCUAAGAUUAAAAGUACACCAUCCUGUCCUGUACAGGGGUGGGUAGUAAAAAUGGUGGUUGAGUGACAAAUAUGGUUGACUUCAUUCAGAGAUUGGACAGAAGGAGAGGCUAUUGUGAAAACAUGAGAGCAUACAGUAGGAGGGACUGAGAACACCUGGAAAAGUGAAUUUGUUAACGGAAAGCCCCAGUAUAGCGUUAUAUGUUGACUCACUGCCAUAAAGAAGCCAUUGGGUGUUUUUUUUUCCUGACUUCCCUCUAUUCUGAUUUCGAUACUUGAAAUCAUCCAACGGAUGCAACAGAUGUGGUAUAACACAACUGUAAACGUUUUUAUUUUACUCAAUAACCUUCAUUUUCAUAUUAGUAACACAAUACGCUUUUUUAUAGUAAUGCUUUCCAUAAUAGCCAGUCUGUACUUACAGCACAUAUAAUCUCUGUUUUUAAUACCACUGUUGUACUCAGUUAACAGUGUAUAAAGUACUUCUUGCCAAAUUACACAAUCACUGCCAAAGAGAACGUCUGUGGUAAAAUAAAAAGCUCUAAAAGACGUUCUUAACACACCGCACACAGCUUGCACUACCGUUUGUCAACACUAGAUGGCAACAGCAGACAACUUAAUAAUGCCAUACAUCAACAUCACCAACAAAGAAAAGGAACAAAAAGGUGAACGUUGCCAAGAGGAACAGUGUUGUGAAAAAUUUAAAUUCCUAUUAAGUUGAUUUGGCCGAAUGUCCAGGCCAUGUGUGUUGUGUGAUUACGAUUGCCAAACCCAGAGGACUUUAAUUGGAGAAAUCAGUCAAAUUUGCAGCUGUAGGGAACACAACACAGGCAGUAAACAAUGACACUUAUAAAUCCACAGCACAAUAGAGGGCUUCCACUGCCACUGCACAGCACAGCUACUGUAUGUAAGGGCAUGAUUGUUUUCCGUGUGUGUGUGUGUGUGUGUGUGUGUGUGUGUGUGUGUGUGUGUGUGUGUGUGUGUGUGUGCGUGUGCGUGCGUACGUACGGUGUACGUGCGUGUAUUGAUAGCCUGCAGCAUAACUCUGAUGAACUGACCGAUGUUUGGAUUUUUUUUUAAUUAUUUGUUACUGAGACUUGACUGACUGGCAAAAGUGAAAUUAAAAUUAAAUGCUUUUAUACUUGAGAUGAAUUGUGUCUGGUGAAUAACAGAAUUAUUUGACAUGAUGUGAAGCAUUUGAUGUGUCUUUUAAAAUCAACGUCCCCUUGAGUGUAUUAAAUUUUGUUGUUUAAAGCGA